AUGCUCAGGAACUGUCAUGAGAUUCCGUUCGACGACAAGAACCGAAAUUACACAUAUGCCCAGGACCUGUCAGAGAUCGCCCGGGUCCUACAAGAUUUCGGCGGACCAUUUCAGCUAAUGCCAUUGUGGAAAUUCUCCGUUUUACAACCCAGGACAGACGCCAAAUCCAAGCCGAUGUCUAUCGAGAACUGGAGAGGAGGAGACUCACCAGUUCGGUGA